UUGUUACCACGUUAAAUACGACUAUAAAUUCUUACAUUGACCUAAAUGCUUCCAUGAGCCUGUUUAUAGCCGGUCAAAAGAACUCGGCUACCACAAGACCUAAGCUCUUUGAUCAGCUUGGCAUAGACAUUCUUCCAAGUGAAACCAAGGAUUUUAAUACGGAGAGCAAGUCUAUAUUCAAUUGUUCAAAGAACCCAAAUGAUAUAUACCCAUUAAUUGAAGGAGAACCAUAUGGAAAUGUGCAUUACAGAGGAACAGCCAUAUCAACAAAAAGACAAGUUAAAAAGCUAGUAAAAGGUACAAUAACAACAACCCUGGAAGGAUCAGCGAACUCUGGCAAGAACCUGGAGUUUGUCACAAUUUUAGAUUCUGGAUCGGAUGAUCUACGCAUUGUCGUUUCUGGUUCUGUGGAUAUGUUUUCAAAUGAGUCUCUAAGCUGCAACUCAAACAACGUUCGUCUGGUCAACAUUAUGUCAAAGUAUCUCCUUCAUCACGGACUAGAAUAUGAAACCGUAAAAAUAGAAUCUGUGGAAGAAAAGGUUCCAAGAAAAAAUAACGAGAAGAUUUAUUGCACAAACGAACUUCUUAACAUAUCUUUGAAAGUUCAAAAAAGCCAUAGAGAUCACAUCCUCCAGCUGGAGGUCGAAUAUUUUGAUAUAAUUUUGCGGAAGAAUAUGGAUUUUUUACAGGAUACAUAUACUACGACAUUCCAGCUUCCUGCACAUCACGGCAUCUUCAAUUUAUACUUGCACGAAAUAAACUCCGGAUAUUUCAAGAAGGAAAUUUAUAGGACACGCAUCGCAUCAAACGCCCCUCUCAAUAUACAUAGUAAAGUGGGAAUUUCCCUAGGUCAUCUGGCGGUCAGACACGCUUGUAUCAUAGGUUUUGUGGUAUUCUCUGUGUGGAUAAUUUAUCCGAUUUGAACGUGCCUAAAUCAUGGUGACACGCGGGCUCAGACAAUAGCAAAUAAAAAUAACAUAUCACCGCAUAAAUACGAUGGUAUGUUAUAUAAAUAUUUAAUUCUGGUAGAUAAAUGCACACACAUGGGUUACCCUGGUACCCGCGUGGCAAAAUCGGUUGCUGUACUUAAAGUGAGGCGCCAUG